AUGUUCUUUCUCAAGUCCCAUUUGGCCGUAGGCCUGCUAUCCCUGUCCGUCGCUGCGACAUCUUGGAUUGUUCCAGGGGCGGUAUGGACGGACACAAAGGGCCAGAAGAUUGAUGCUCAUGGAGGAGGUAUCGUCAAAGUGGGAAGUACUUUCUAUUGGAGCGGCCAAAGUGCCAGCAACGCCGAGACCCCUUACAUGUACUCUUCGACCGAUCUUCUCAAUUGGACCCCGCUUGGAGCCCAAGCUAAAAUCUCGGGCAUGUGGCGUCCUAAAAUCGCUAAGCCGAAUGGCAAUUUCUGGAUCUACGGCCAGGUAAACCGUCUUGUCCAGCCACUGGAAUCAUCGCGAAUGGUUGGUGGAUACCAGCCGCACGGCUCUGGGGAACAUCUCCUACCGAGUGGAUACACUUAUUCUGAUACAGGAAUGUUCCAAGAUCCUAAGGAUGGUACCUGGUACAUCUUAACAAGUGCAGACCACAAUAACGUCCAGAUCAACAAAAUUAACUCGGAUGGUACUGUUGGCAAUCGAGUUGGCAAUUUAGCCGCCGGUGCAUACGAGGCCCCAGGCAUGUUUUAUGCCGACGGAACCUAUUACCUGAUCGUCUCUGGUAAAACCGGCUGGAGGGGCAAUCCCAAUCAGAUGUUCUAUAGCAACAGCCUCUCAGGCCCCUGGAACGGGCCUCAUAGUGUUGCUCCCGGAUCCAGUAAUACCUACGGCGCACAGAACACUUUCGAACUUGUGAUCAAAGGAACUAAGCAAACCACUUACAUCUAUAUGGGCGACCUUUGGGACUCACAUGGAGGACCGAGCUCAAACUACCUCUGGCUUCCAAUGUCGGUCGACACAAGUGCUAAAUCUGUGACGCUGAAUUAUCAUUCUAUGUGGGCUGUUGAUGUCAAUACUGGAGAAAUAAAAUUCCCUAGCACUAAAAAGCGACAUGAAGCCGAGGAGGCUAAUCUUUUCGGCCGUGCGGCCAUUAGUGUUUGCGACCAUUGUCUCACGAAGAAGUCAGUUCACAAAAUUGAUCACGAAAGCGAAGUCGUGUUUGAGAAUGUUACAGGGACCGGGGUCCCAGAAUGGGUCUCCUUCCACUACACUGUCAACGAUCCCACAGCUGGUGAAGCGUGUAUCUAUGUGAACGGCCAGCCGGCUUUGAAUAUUUCUGACAUGAAUUCUUACGCUGGGUACCACCAAACUGUUCCGGUUCAACUUACCCUCCAGCCGGGUGAUACCAAUACCAUCAAAUUUGCAGCCGUGGGCUCUUCAGAUUUUGAGGUGUCCCUGGAUGGGAUCGAGCUCCAUGAGUGA